GCUUAAUUGCUGGGACGGCCUUCGCUUCCCCCGAAGCAGAGUAUAUAAAUACGCGCAUUUCCUAGUUAAACUGGCUAUGCCCCCUUUUAAUCACUCUGUAUAUACCUCCAAUAAUCCCAAGAUGCAAUUAACUUCUCUCCUUGCGGUCGCUGUCACUUUGGUCUCCUCUAUCUCCGCUAGAGCUGCCCCGUUCGCUAGCCCAUUGAAGCACGGCUCGGAAUUCGUCCAAACCAACGGUGAAGUUGGUAUGUUGUACCCAGCCACCAGAGAGUGGACUGAGUCGGCCGAGCUUACCGCUCCAUGUGGAUCCAAUGCCAAAAUCCAAGACAGAACCAUCUUCCCAUUGGAUGACGGUUUCGUUUCUCUCAUUGCUUCCGAGAGGGCUUUCGAGGUCAGCUUGAGAAUCUCUUACAACAAAAACCCAACCAAGAACUCCGAUUUCGACACCUGGUACACCGGUAACGUCUCCAAGCAAAUGGAUAUCGGCCACACCUGUUUCCAAAUGCCUGAUCAACCUUCCAACAUCAACUCUGGUGACGUUGCAACCAUCCAGUUGGAGUACAUGUACGAAGAAGACGGGAAGUACCUCACCCACUACGCCUGUGCGGACAUUGAGUUUGUCGAAGAGAGUGUUUUCAAGCUUUCUGACAAUGCUUUGUCUUGUUUCAACGCCACUUCCAACGAUUACUACUCUGAAGACUUGGCUGACAGGGCCACCACUACUGCCAAAACUUCUUCCACCUCCUCUGCCAAAACCUCUUCCACCUCCUCUGCUGGUGCCGGUCACUUGGAAACGGCUACUGGUAGUAUUGUCUUGGGUGGUUUAUUCUACCUUUUGACUGCGUUUGCCUAGGCUCUCCAAAGUUUUUAACUGCAACGCCCUCCAAUGAUCUCUUUCGUGUUUCGACACACGUAGUGUAUUUAUUUUCUAGUUUAUUUUUUCGGUCAUAUACCUUUAUGCCACAUCGGUUUCUGCCGAAAAGACAAAGACAAUUGUGCUAUCUACGCGGUGUAGUCGGUGAAGGGACUGCAAAGAGUCGAAAUAGACACUCCCAGGGAAGCAUGAUGAAGCCCCAGACCUAACACCAGUAUAUCUGGUAGAAAUACAUAUCUAAGAUACUUAGGGUGAGCAAUGUGAACAAGGAUCGUAGUCCUUUAUAUGGGACCGCUGGCAGACAUUUCGGAAUCUAAUGGUGCAGAACGCUAUGCACGAGAGACCAAGGAGCGGUUUUAUCUUGAUCAAUAGACGAAGGAAGGGCCAUUGGUGUUCAC